AUGGAGCCGGAGCAGCGCCCCCCGGCCGUGGAGUUCGUGCCGGGCGGCCGCUGCGGCGCCCGGGGCCCCGGCAACGCCUUCAACUCCUGGAACGACUACCUGGGGCUGGCCACGCUCAUCACCAAGGCGGUGGGCGACGACAAGGGCUUCCGCGCCGCGCCCGCGCCCGGGGGGCCGGCCGCGGAGGACGAGGACGAGGAGGACGACGAGGAGGAGGACGAGGAGGAGGCGCCCUACUUCGAGGGCGCGCUGGACCUGCACGUGUGCGUCUUCUGCCGGAACAACAAGGAGGCGGUGGCGCUGUACACCACGCACAUCCUCAAGGGCCCCGACGGCCGCGUGCUGUGCCCGGUGCUGCGCCGCUACACGUGCCCGCUGUGCGGGGCCAGCGGGGACAAUGCGCACACCAUCAAGUACUGCCCGCUCUCCAAGGCGCAGGGCAAGGCGCCGCUCAAACACGCCAGGACCGUCUUGGGCAAGAAGCUGCGCUAG